AUGGCGACUCGCAGAUCUGCUAGAGGUGCUGCGGCGCAAGUGUCUCAAACAAGCAGUCCAUUCGAUGGGUGCACCAUUUAUUUGGAAGGAAAAUUCGACGCCUUCGGUGAGACUAAGGCAGGACUGGAAAAGAUACUCACUUCACUGGGCGCCAAGGUGAGCCGGUCUACUACGAAAGCAACCGCGUACGUCGUUUGUUCGGAGGAUGCAUACAGUGCUCAGGGGAAGAACCUCAAAGCAGCCGAAGACGCAUCAUUGCCCAUUGUCAGUCCUCAAUGGGUGAUUGACAGCAACAAACAAGGCACUGCCCUCAACCAUGAUGGUUACCUGUGGUCAAAGCUUGCCGCAAGGAAUGGCACAGCAGUCAACGGGGCGAAAGCCUCAAAGAAACGGGCUGCCUCGCCCAAAGUGGACGAGGAGCCGGAUCAGAAGAAGCCCAAAGCGGACGGGCCUAACGGAGACAAGUUGGUCUCAGAAUCUCCAGAGGACACAAAAAGAAUAGCAGAGGGACAGUUUGCAACCAAAGACAAUGUGGUUGUGGAACUAGAUCCAUAUUGCCCGUUGAAGGGCUGGGCAGUAUACGUGGAACCGGCGACUGGUUUGAUCUGGGACGCCUCGCUCAACCAAUCCAAUUCUGGCAAGAAUGCGAACAAGUUUUACAAGAUUCAGAUUCUCCACAAUGCAACUGCAAGUGACUUCAAAACCUGGACUCGAUGGGGUCGCGUUGGUGAGGUAGGCCAAAGCGCAAUGCUAGGCAGUGGCAGCGAAGCCGACGCGAUCAAGAACUUCAGUAAGAAGUUCAAAGACAAGUCUGGCCUUUCAUGGGAUAAUCGUGGUGCUGACCCGAAGCCCGGGAAGUAUGCUUUUGUUGAGCGGAGCUACAACCCAGACUCGGAAGAUGAGGAUGGUGACGGUGCAGCCAGUACAAAGGGCGUCAAGAAGGAGGAUGCUGAAGAGGACAUUCCCCCCCCUAAAUGUACGCUCGAAAAGCCGGUACAGGAGCUGAUGGAGCUCAUCUUCAACCAGCAAUACUUCCAGGCCAACAUGAGCGCUCUCAACUACGACGCGAACAAGAUGCCACUCGGAAAGCUCAGCAAGGCCACCAUUACGCGUGGUUUCCAACAGCUGAAGAAUCUGGCUGCCAUCAUGGACGACCCUGAUCUAGCGACCUCUGAGUGGAAUAUGUCUUUCGCGGCGGCCAAGGAGCAUCUGUCCAAUACAUACUACUCCGUGAUACCCCACGCAUUUGGCCGCAAUCGCCCACCUAUCAUCGGCGAGGAUGGUUUGCUGAAGAAGGAGAUUGAACUGUUGGAGAGCUUGUCGGACAUGAAAGACGCUGCCGAGAUUAUGAAGGUCGACAGGAAGACACAGCACACCGUGCACCCAUUGGAUCGUCAGUUCCAGGGCCUCGGUAUGGAGGAGAUGACACCACUGGAUCAGGGGAGCACCGAAUUCGACGUGCUAUCGCGGUACCUCAAAGACUCCCGCGGUGCUACUCACCGUGUCGACUAUAAGGUGCAACAGAUCUUCCGCAUUGAGCGACAAGGAGAGACAGUUCGAUUCGACGAGUCCCUCUAUUCCAAGAUCAAGUCCGAUCGUCGUCUUCUGUGGCAUGGUUCCCGCGCGACCAACUUUGGUGGUAUCCUCAGCCAGGGUCUCCGCAUCGCGCCGCCAGAAGCACCUGUCAGUGGUUACAUGUUUGGCAAGGGUAUUUAUCUUGCCGACAUGUCCUCCAAAUCUGCCAACUACUGCUGCUCCUACAUCACCGGAGGCGAAGCACUGCUCCUCCUCUGCGAGGCCGAACUGGGCGACCCCAUGCAGAAGCUCACGAAUGCGAGUUACCAGGCCGGAGAAACAGCGAAGAAAGGCGGCAUGCACAGCACAUGGGGUAUGGGCAAUACUGGCCCUAGCAAGUGGGUUGAUGGCAGCAUUGCUCAUCCAAGCCUCAGGGGUAUCAAAAUCCCCGACCUCGACCAGACGCCCGGGCCGACAGGCGUGAAGGGCGUUGGACUCUGCUACAACGAGUUUAUUGUGUACGAUGUUGCCCAGGUCAAGCUGCGCUACCUCUUCCGCGUGAAGAUGUAG